UACUGCACCGUGGAACAGCCCCGUCCAGAGCGAGGAGCUGGGCAGCUGCAGUUAACCACCGCACUGAGGAAGAGAAAAACAAGGGUCAGCCGUAACUUCAACCCGAAUAAAGGUGUCUUUCAUACCCCCUCUUUGGAAGAACAUCUCGACUAAAACUACUUGUUUUGUGGGAGCUUGUGGACGAGAGGACAACGAAGGACAAGGAUAAUGAGCACCAAGAGGAAGGCCGACAGUCUCCGACCUCGCAUCGUGAAGCGUGAAGGCUCCCAGAUGGACUCAGAAAGAGACUCUGGAUUCUCAGAUGCCAGCUCAGAACACCUGAGCACCAUGGACACCACGGACUCUGAGGACUCUCCUCAUCCCAGAGGGCAGCAGCGGGCGAAGGGUGCUGGUUCAGGCUCAAAGCCCUCCCAGCUGGCCGUGGUUGGAGGCUCCUACUCCUACGUUGUGCUCAAGCAGCCUGUGGAGAAUCCACCCUCUCUGAAGCCGUGGGGCUUCAGCCCCGCUGUGGAAGUGGUGCAGCCUGUGGUGCCGCAGCCGCAGGUGGUCUUUCUGCAGCCGGUGGUCUCCCGCCAAGCCUCUGCAUCCUCCAAGGAGACCGCCUCCAAGCACAGACGCUCUAAAAAGUAUCUUCCAAUCUUAAAGUCCUACCCCAAGAUCGCCCCGCAUCCUGGGAACAGCUCUGCUUCUUCAGGAAGGGGAACCGCUUCUUCUUCCUCCUCUUCAUCGGGGUCAGAGAAAUGUAGCUCGUUGACCUCCAAUCUUUGGGAACAAUGUCCUAGAGAGAAGGUGCAGAGAUCUCUGUGUAGCAGCACCAGCAACUCCGGAGCUGCUUCCCCGAGUCUUCCCGGUACUCCCAGUACUCCCAGUAUCAUGUCUCCGCUGCUCCAGAGCAGACUCUCCAUCCCCGCAGCAGAAACCAGCAGGGGCGACUCGGCCCCCACGCCGCCCUUCGAUCACUCCAAGAACCAGGCGCUCACGCUGGACAGCAUCUCCUCUCUGGAGUGCAACGCAAGCGAUGGCAGCCCGGACACCAAGAGGAAGCGCUUCUGCAACACGUACAACAUCCUGAGCCAGUCGGGCCUGCUGGACAUCACGCUCCGCACCAAGGAGCUGCUCCGGCAGAACCAAAGCACGCAGAACGAGCUGGACCGGCUGAAGAAGCACACGGACCUGUUCCUCCAGGCACUGCAGAGCGGGGACACCAGCGUCUGCAUGAAGCUGCUCACCAGUCUCCAGGAGGAGGACGGGGACAGAGCUGCUCAGCUGUGAGCCGGUUGACUCAGAGGAGGACCAGGAAGUGCGGGGGAGAGGAGGUGGUGAGGCGCGGCGAGGCAGAUGGGCUGAAACUAAUGCGCUCCACAUUAGCGACCCCUCCCCCCGACACGCAGACAGACGACACACUGUGGCCUACAUUUCAGCUGUCAUUUGGCUUCGGGUCGCUUCCUGAUGCACCAAACGAACCUAAAAAUCAUCAAAGAACUUGUCCGCUUGCACUCUGCUUAUACGAUGUUCCAUAACACUGUAGCUAGAUCCUGCAAAUCUCCUUCACUAAUGAGUCUGAGGGACAGAUUCAGUCCAAAGUCUUUUUGCAAUGCACAAAAAUAAUUUUUAAUAUAUUUAGUUAAUUAAAGCAUCAACAGACAUUAAUUACUGCAGACUCCAACUUUUUAGAAGCGUUUUAUCUAACCGGGCUGCAAAAGGAUUCAUUCCGACUGCGUACUAAUAAACUGGAGUUGUGUUUAUUAGGGAUGCACCAAUUUCCUCCUAAAGUGCACCUGAUAAUCUGAUAACAGGCCGUUUUGUUACGUCAUCUCUCAUUCAUUUGACUUCCUAAACCUGAUUCCACAGGAUUGUUUGACUGACUCCAGGUGAAAAAGUUUGGACAUGUUGAAAAUAUUAAAGAGCAUUUUGCCUGUUUGUAGCAUAAAACAGCCAAAAGUGGAUGAAGUGUACUUAUCUUCUGCUUGUCAUGAGGUUCUGUUUGAGCUGUUUUGUGUUUUUGUAUUGUGAUCUCAUCAGGUUGGCUGAUAUUCGUGCUCAAAUUGACUGGAGGAAAAAAAAAUUGUUUAAUAGCCAGUUAGAUUCCUCUGUGAUGACGGUUCGUAGUGCAUAUCGGUCACUUCUGAAUGGGCAUGUACUCUUUUUGUCAGCUUUAUUGUUUUUAAAUAUUCAGAACAGUGAAACGUAAGGUGACUGAGUCGUCUGUUUUUGUGUUGUCUUUUUUUCUGUAUUUUUUUUUGUAUAUAUAUUUUUUAAAGUGUAUAUUUAAAUUUAUUUCUGUUCAAAAUGACAGAAGUAUUAAGGCAGCUACUGAUAAAAGCCAGUAGUUUUCAA